AUGCUUUGGUGCUUCCUACCAUCGACCGGCUCGGGAGGCGAGCCAAUGUUGAAUCCGAGGAGAUGGUUGCAAGCCCAAGCUGGCGUCCAUGUCAAGAACAUCAUCCGCCACGCGCGUGUGCCCAUCGUGAUGUUUGAAACGGAGGACCUUGAGGUCGACAUCUCCGUACAACAACCCUUUGGCGUCUUAAACUCCUGGCACUUACGAGACCUUUGCCGCAGUGGUUUGCCGGGGCGUUUGCGCGCGCUGGUGCGAUUGGCGAAGCAAUGGGUCAAGUCCAAGGCGAUUAACAGCGCGAAGGACGGCGCGUUGAGUUCAUACGGCUGGGCCAUGCUGGCAGCUGGAUUCUUGCAGGAGUACGGCCUUCUUCCAGCCCUCAUGGACGGCGAGAGGCAGUACUUGACUGCGGAUGAUGCGCUGUGGCAUGUUCUCAAUGCUGUGGAAGCACAGCCAGAAGGCCUUUGGCGGCAGCCCGAAGUCUACAGCGUCGAUUGGAAUAGCCCCAUGGAGGCGCGACAACGGCCGUGUGAGUUGUUUGUCUCCUGGUUGGAAUGGCUGCAGCACUCCGCCUUUGCACCCGGCACUUCCUCAGGAAGUUUGCCCAUUCAUCGCCGGCACAUCGUUUCAGUGCGGGGCCGAAGCCAAGAGGAGCUGCGAAGAGAGGUGGCCGCAUGUCCGAAGCAGGAUCAUUGGAAUCCUUCUUCCAAUCCUGUCUUCAUGCUCAUCGAGGAGCCUUUGACCGGUGAGAACGUGGCGCGCUCGGUGAGGGAGAAUGCCUUCCAAGACAUCCUGGCAGAGCUGCAGCGUGCCUUGGAGAUCAUGUCUGCCAAUGAUGCUGACACAGCCUUCGAGGAGACCGCUCGUGGCUCGUGGCGAAUUUCGACGGAUGCUACGAGCUGCUUCAGUUGCCAGCGCUCCGACAUCGAAAAGGGGCUCCUGAUGGUGUUGGACUUGGCAAAGGCGCAAAAGGGGCAAGGAGCCUUCCGCCAAGCGGCCCAGGCCGCCGGCUGGGCCACCGCGUCUUGGGGAGCGGUGAAACGCUUGGUCGACUCCUUGGGGCGUCACUCCCCGCAGCGCUCGGUCAAUCACUUCCCGCAGCAAGGACUCUUACCUUCCGGCGCUUCGGGUGCUGUACUGGUGCCCGCUGAUGCAUCGACCCCCUACAAGGACCUCUACAUCGCCUUGCUGCGCGGUAGCUCGUUGCCCGACAGCCUGGUGACGGUGCGCGCGCGGAUCUGCAGCCCCUCCGAGGGCUCCAAGGCCUUUCGCCUGGCCACCCGGCGCACGGAAGGCCUGGCAGCCUCCACCCUGCUCCGGCCACUGUCCAUCGGACGUGUUGAUGGACUUCCGGCCACCCUGGUGCUGCUGCGCCCGAAGCACCGAGCGCCGCCGGUGCCGCAGCAGCUGCAGCUGCACUGCGUGGCUGCAGGAUGUCCAGUGUUGGGAGAUAGGCUCCACGACGCCGACCGGCGGCUGGACUUUCGCUUCGAGGCGCCUGACCCUUCUCCACGGCUGAUGCUCCACUGCCUCCGUGUGCAGGUGGAGGGUCAGGAGAUCCGAGCGCCCGAGGAUUUGCGUGCAAACCUCGAGAUUGAGCGCGAGUUGGUGGACCUGGAGGAAGCUGAGACAGAGCUGAUGUUGGCAGAGGAUGGCCCUGAGCUGCCGGAUACCUGGGACACCUUCGCAGGUGGCUUGCCUUCGCAGAUCCUGGAUGACACAUCGUGGGACCGUCUGCGGCUCCCCCGGGCGGUGCGGAGCCCGCCCUACGGGCCGGCGCAGUGGGAUGAACGCACCCAGGCCUUCGAGGAACGGCAGGAGGCGAGGCAAAGACCCGGCCGGGCCGAGGAGGAGGACGGAAACGGCCAACAAAAAAGGGGGUGA